UUUUCGUGACCAACAUAGUUACCUGUCAGUGUUCGUGAUUUAGUUGAUUUCUAAUUGGUAUGUCUUAGAAUGGAAGUUUGAAUACGUUUGGUUUGACUAAAUCAAAAGAACAGAAAACUGGAAGAAAUUUUAAGGCAAAUUAAAUGUGUAAUGAUCAAUAUAUCAAGUUAGAUAACCUACACAAGAAGUUCUUCAUAACUUUAAGGCAGGGGAGAUGAGCAGACUAUUUUGUUGGGGCAGUAACCAAUCAGGGCAGCUUGGAAUUGGCAAUUUAGAACAACAAAAGGUCACAGAGCCUAUGAUAGUGAAGGAUCCACCAAAAGGGGAUAUUGCUCAAAUUGUUUGUGGAGAAUCACAUACUUUGUUUGUAAUCAAAGAUGGCAGUUUAUAUUCCUGUGGAAACAAUGAUUAUGGACAACUUGGACAUAGUAAAAGAACUUCUAUACCAGAACAAAUUGAUGAAUUGAAAGCACAAACAGUUAAAUAUGCAAGUGUUGGUACCAGUCACAGUGUGUGUUUGACAGAAGCUGGUGAGUUGUUCAGUUGGGGAGAUAACUCACACGGUCAACUUGGUAGAGGUCAACUUGAACCAGAGCUUUGCAGGAAACCCAAACUGAUCAAGUUCCCUCGUACUAUUGUACAAGUUAGCUGUGGAAGGUAUCACAAUUUGUUACUCACUGAUGAUGGACAGAUAUACAGUUGGGGAGACAACAGAUUUGGUCAACUAGGGCUAGGUCACACUAUAUCACAGAAUAUUCCACAGUAUAUAGCUAGCUUGAAAGGAAUCCCUGUAGCUCAGGUUGUUUGUGGGGGCUCCCAUAGUUUACUGCUGUCAAAAUCUGGGGCUAUAUUUGGCUGGGGAAGAAACUGUUUUGGUCAACUUGGCUUGAAUGAUGAAUUAGAUCGACAUUUCCCUUGUUUGUGUAAAUCACUGCGACAUCAACGAGUAUGCUAUAUUGGCUGUGGUGAGGAUCACACUUUGGCCCUGACACUGGAUGGAGGAGUAUUCACCUUUGGUGCAGGGACAUUCGGGCAACUUGGACAUGGCUCCAAAACACAAGAAAUUUUACCAAAGAAGGUUACAGAGUUAAUGGGAUCUAAAGUUACACAAAUAGCUUGUGGGAGACGGCACUGUUUAGUGUUUGUAUCAGACAGUGGAAGGCUGUAUGGUUUUGGAUCUGAAGCCAACGGUCAACUUUGUACAAAUAGUGUGGAAGUGAAAUCUCUGCCAGUGGCUAUAAAAGGACAGUUUGUGGCAUUCAAUAAUGCUGGUAGAUCAAACAAUUCAGGAAAUAGUUCAUCAUUUGUGAUAAAUAUUGUAGCUGCUGGAGGAGAUUACUGUUUUCUGUGGGCGGUCUCAGAACAGAUCAAGAUUUCUCCACUAGAUCACAGACUGUGGAGCUCUAUGUUUUCUAUAAAAAUAUUAUCUGUGGAUAUGACUGAGAGAAUUUCCAAAUUGACAUCAAGUGAUAGUGUACCUGUAGAGUUUGAGGAGGAAGUCAUUAGAGUAUUUUCAUCAGCUUCAUGUUUAAACUCUUCCUUCUUAUUGAAGGACAAUGAGCAUUAUGGUAGUAGUAGUAAGAGGCAUGGAGUAGAUCUGGAACUAGUUAGGAGCAAGUUUGAUAAGAUGAGUGAUACAUCUAACGUUCAUAUCAUACAAAAGAUUUUACUUAGUUUAAGUGGAACAUUGUAUCCAAGUCUUCCAAAAUCGCCGCCAGAUGUUGAAGCCCUGCGUUUAUAUUUGAUACUGCCUCAUCUCCAUAUGUUUGAGCAGCCAAAAUACUACAACACUUUGAUAGAGCCAUUUGGUAACUCCAUCAUCAGUCUUGAUAAACAAGCUUCUAGAGUUCUUGAUUUGUGGUGGGGAAGUUUUACAUCUCCAUUUUUUCUCAGGCUUGUUUAUAUCUUCAAAGAAACUGUGAUAUAUAUACUUCAGCUGCCUGACCCACAACAAUUACAAGAGAUGGAAACUCGGUUCAAAGCUUUGUUUAUAUCAUUGGAAGUACUGAAGAAGUUAAACAAUGUGAAUGAACAGAAUGGUCAGAUAAUUCCUUACAAUAAAUUCUAUAUCAAUGACCUUAAAGACAAGGUGAACUUGAAAGGAGAUUAUGUCAACUGGGUACAGACACAGAGCCAUGUUAAAUUUGCACCUGGGCAAAGACUGCUAUUUUGUAAUUAUCCAUUCACAUUUGAUGCUGCUGCUAAAAGUUUGUUGCUGCAGACAGAUGCUCUCUUACAAAUGCAGUCUGCCAUUGAAGAAGUGCGGCGAAGAAAUAUUCAAUGUUUAUUCCUACCUAUUGAUCCAGAGAACCCUUGUUUGGUGUUCUGUGUUUCACGGACAAACAUUGUACAUGAUACCUUACAGCAGUUGAUGAAUAAAGGAAGUGCUGACCUCAAGAAACCUUUAAAGAUAACAUUUUCUGGUGAUGAGGAGACAAUAGAUGCUGGUGGUGUUACCAAGGAAUUCUUUCUGUUACUACUGAGAGAGCUAUUAGAUCCAAAAUAUGGAAUGUUCAAGUUUUAUGAAGAAUCUAGAAUGCAGUGGUUCUCCCCUUUUGCAUUUGAGGAUCAUCAGAUGUACUGUUUGAUUGGAGUUUUAUGUGGUCUAGCUAUAUAUAACUCUGUCAUUAUACAACUUAGCUUUCCUUUAGUUCUCUUCAAAAAACUUUUAAAUAGGAAGCCUUCAUUAGAUGAUGUUUUAGAGCUGAUGCCUACGAUAGGGAGAAGUUUUGAAAGUUUACUAAACUACGAAGGUGAUGACAUUGAGGAUGUUUUCUGCCUUACAUUUGAGAUCACUCAGGAAUGUUUUGGUGAAACAAAAACUGUAGAACUUGUAUCCAAUGGUUCUUCUAAGGUUGUAAAUAAAGAGAAUAGGAAAGAGUUUGUAGACCUGUAUGUUAACUACAUUUUCAACAAAGCGGUGGAGAGCCAUUUUAGUUCAUUCUACACAGGAUUUCAUAAAGUUUGCGGAGGUCGAGUUCUUGAAUUGUUCCAUCCAGAAGAGCUUAGAUCUAUGGUUAUAGGGAAUGAAAAUUAUGACUUCCAUGAACUAGAAAAGAACACUGAAUACAAGGGAGAUUACCACAGAUAUCACCAGACAAUCAAACAUUUCUGGGAUGUAUUCCAUGAUCUUACUCUAGAGGACAAGAAGAAAUUCUUAUUAUACCUCACAGGAAGUGACAAAAUUCCAAUAGUUGGAAUGAAACAUGUCAAGCUUGUGAUACAGCCUAUGAAUGUUGAAGAGAAAUAUCUACCUGUGGCUCAUACAUGCUUCAACCUUCUAGAUCUUCCUAAAUACUCUACGAAGGAGACAAUGAAAAACAAACUGUUACAGGCCAUUCAGCAAACAGAGGGGUUUGGACUGGUUUAAUUUUCAAACAAAAAUAUGACAUAAACUAAUGUAUAAUUGUAAGUUUAAAGCAUACCUUGUUGAAAUGAUAUCUUUCAAAUCAACAGAUACCUCAGAAUGUUUAAGAUUGUCUCCCUGUGAAUAGACUUGAUGGUUGUCUAUUGAGGGUAAAAAUAGUGUGAUGUUUAUUGUAACAUCCAAUCCAGAACACAUGGUAGUUCAUUGUGGUGUUGACAAAUUUAAACAUGGUGGAAAAUAUGAAAUUUCCCCUUCAUAAAUAAACCUUUUCAAAUUGCAUUUUAUUACCUAGAUAGAAUGUCUUUAUAAAGGAUGUUACUUGUAUGCUAACUUUCUGUGAAUAUUGCAUGGUAACUUUCUAUGUGAUAUUUAAAUAAAAUACAUAUGUUAAGACAUAAUUAUUGAUUGAAGGUUGAUGGUAACACUCAGUAAAUGUUAUGCUACUUGUUACAUUAAUAAAAGGCAAUGAUGUCUUCUUUAGUUUUACAUUACAUGAUUGUUUAGCAGCAAAAUAAAUUGAUUUCUUUGCAAAGAUAUUUGGUAUCAAAGUACUUGUACAGACUUCUUUUCAUGAGAUUGAUGGUAUUUAGCUUGCUAAGACUUGAAAGAAGUUUUUAUUCUGUACUGCAUAGCCCUUUCAUUCGUUGACUAAAAUCUUAGCAAUUUGCUAUAUACUGUAUACUAACAUAGGUUAAAGUUCAGUGGCAUUAAGGUCAAUUAUCUUAAGACUGAAUAAAUACAAAGCUUUUAAAAAGAAAUCCUUAUCUGUUGAUGCAUUUUAUUCAUUAUUAUAACUCACACUAUAUACUCCAUAUCAAGUCAAAAAACAAAACAAUCUAAUGGUGCCCCCUUUAAAAAAAUUACAUUUUGUUGUAGUUACCUCCCUUCAUACAGUAUUGUUCUGCUAAAAUAGUAAGGCCUUAUUGACUUAAACAAUAAGACACAUUAGGGUGAAAACUCAUUUUAUAACUUAUACUUUCAUAGCCUUUAUUUAUUGAAUUAUUUCUUAAAUGUUUGUAAUGGAGGUACCUUACAUAGACUUUUACACUUGUGUGAUGAUUGAAUUCAACGAGGGUCAAGAUCAUUGAAAAUAAAAAAAGAAAUUAUACUUUUAUAAAUAGCUUGUGGUUGGGUUGGAGCAGCUUAGGUAUCAUCAAUUUAUCACCCUAGUGUAGUAACGGGUUAACUCCUCCGAAUAUAGUUGUAUAGAAUUUAGCCUGUUCCUGCACUAAGGUGACAAUUUUGCAUCAACUUUAGAUGUUUACGUUCACUAAUUGUAUAAAAUUUAAACAAUGAGUAAUCAGAUGCUGCCUCUAGUAAAAUAUACCUGUAUUACUCUAGCUAUUGUUAAGUAUCUUGUCUUUUGUUUUUGUGUUUAAUUUUACUCUUAAUUAUCUUAUUUCUGUUGCUGUUAAAUCAUAUAAAAGUUCAGUAGAAACAUGCAUUAUAUCUUGGUUAUAUAUACAAUGUAAGCAGAGUUUAGAAGGGAGGAAAGCUAGCAUCAAAGUCAUACAAGAGGUGUUCAAAUAUGAAUGCAACUUGGCCAAUAUAUGCUGUGAAUGCUUUAAAAAAUUGUUUUUUGUUUCAUUCAUUGUGUUUAAAGCAAUUUCGUCGUCACUCUGAAUUACAAACUUUCUUACUUACUUUAAAGGGCUGAUUUGAUAAAAUAUAUUUCAGGAAAGGGGAAUAUAAUUACAUUAUUCUUU